AAAUCAAUGUAACGAACGACUCUCUUCUCGGUUGCAGUUCUCUUGAUGCGAGGCCUCGCAGCGACGGAGCCGGCCACGUCGAACGCGACCAGCGUCGUUCCGGUGGACGGCGGGGACGACUUGCUGGCGAACAUGAACCUCACGACGUUCAAGGAGAGAUACCGAAGAUUGAUACCCUACAUGACGUUCUACGUCGCCAACAAUUACCUGAACGCUCAGGCCGCGUUGGCGCAGAAUUAUGCGGACGAGCUGUCGGGCGGCACCCAGCUUCGAAGACCUCCGUCCCAGCAGCAGCAGCAGCAGCCUCUGAUUCGGCUCGUUAGCGUGCCGAGGCGGGGCGGUAACAAGUACCGCGUCGGUUCGCCCGACCAAGACCAGAAAUUCAUCCCGUCCGUGCAAUUCGAUCCCAGAAACAUCGGGGGCGAUAACGAUUACUUCGCGCCGGUCAAGUACAACGCCAAGGUCAACUACGCCGAGUACUCCACCCCGGCCUACGAGCUCUAUCGGGUGCAGAAGACCUACCCCCAAAUUACCACGCCUGCCAGUCAUAUCCUCAACAAGGAAAAUCGAUACUUCAUCACCGCGCGACCCCUGCAACCCUCCGCUGCCGUGGUCAAGAAACCGCUGCUCGGCAACCCGCAGGACGAUUACGAUCAGGAUUACACGGCGAGGCCGAACACCGUCGUUAAUUACCCCAAUAAGGAAUUCGAGGGGCUGAGAUACAUCCCGUUGCCGGUGCACGCGAGCGUGCUGCAACAGCAGCAGCAGCAGCAGCCGCCAGCAAAGCCGUCGGUCGUCUCCCUUUAUCGCAAGCCGAGCGUGAAUCUCAACAAUCUGAUUGAGAGUUUCCAGCUGUCCGAGCGACUGCCGGAAACGCUCAACAAAGACAACAUCGACAGCAGCAUCAAAACGCUCGUGGAGAUACUUAAUAUUCUGCAUAAUACGCGGCAGGAAAAUUUUCCGCAGCCGCAGGGACCCCCGUUACCGCCGCCCCCGCCGCCCCCGCCCUCGCCCUCGGCGCCCAGAGUGAUCGGCUACGACGUUUACAAGCCGAAAAUAUACACGCGGCCGAAGGUGAUCACCGAGACGAGAUUUCAAGUGACACCGAGCCCUCUGGUCAUCACCGAGGAUCCCGAGCGAUACAAGACGACGGACGAGAAUGUGCAAAUUAAACCGUCGCUGCAGCCGGACUACAGCUUGAACCACGUCAAGGACGACAAGGUGGAAUACUACAUCCCCUACGUUCAGGACAUCUCGGACGAGCCUAAGCGACAAGGCCCCAAGCCGAGCUCCACGCCUAGCGCUCCCACCACCGUUCCGUACGAGCACUCGUACGAGAUCACGGAGGACCUGAGCGACGACGUCCUGCAGGACGAACGGUACACCCUGCCCAUCUCCACCGAGGCGUCCACGAGUCAGGAGUACGUGGCGCCGAACGAAGUUACGCGCCCGGGGCCGAAAAUGCCGCUGCCGGCGCUCAAGUACGGCGCGACGCGCGGAAAGCCCAACGUCGAUUACCCGGCCUACGCGACUAUACCGGAAACCAAAUUCAGUUGCAAGGAUCAGAGAUACAAAGGGUUCUUCGGCGACCCGGCGACCGGAUGCCAGGUGUGGCAUUACUGCGACCUGAAUGGCGGCAAGUCGUCGUUCUUGUGUCCGAACGGCACGAUAUUCAGCCAGAUAGCAUUGACCUGCGACUGGUGGUUCAACGUAAAGUGCGAGACGACGACGCAGCUGUACGUGCUAAACGAACGACUGUAUAAAUACAUCCUGCCAAUUAUGCCCAAAUUCCCCGAAGACUUCACCGGCCCGGAGGUAGAUCGAUACUUGGAGCAGAAGUUCAAGGAGAUGGAGGCGAAGAUGAAGGAAAAGAAGCUGCAGGAGAAGAAGAAACAGCAGGAGGAGAAGGGCAAGCAAAAGGGCAAGUCGCAAACGGCGAACGACGACGACAACGACGACGACGGCACCAACGACGACGUGGACUCGUAAUUCGAGUGUCGUGCGCCAAGUAACUUAGUCUUAACUAUGUAAUAUCUGACUCGUUGCCAUUGUAAAUGAAAAGGAAAAAAUACGUCGCGGGUUGUAGGGCCGCGACUCUGCGGCGACGAGCCUUGCAAUCCCGAAAAAGUGCAAUAUGAUAGAGUUACGUGUGAUUUGAGCAUAGAGCAAAUCACAUCGCGCGUAAAAUAAGCUAGAUUAUCUCACGGUCUUUGUACGGGUAUGAAAUGGCUGAUGAUAUUAAGUAUUUCUCUUAUAUCCCCUCUAGUCAUAUGCGUAUACUAUUGUGUACUAUUUAUCACGGAAAGCGCCCGCCCGCCUUACGCGGAGCUUCAUUUCUCUCUCGGUCUACACCAGAAUGGUCCAAUUGAGUCAUAGAUUUCCAUCGUAACAAGUCGUAAUUUUCCAAGCAGAUCAUUUUCCAAAUAGCGUAAACAACACUAAUUAACGCUCUCUCUCUCUCUCUCCGAUACACUGGUUAUACUUGUAAACCAAAAUUUAAUAAUUGGUCGAAAGUCAUUUACGAGAGAUACGAUAUUAUUAAUAUUCGAUAUCAAUUCAACGUAAAAUUCCUACAACUGUGCUGAAUCGUACCAAAUUUGUACGUCUCAAUAGCAAAUAGUAACAUUUAUAGAAGUACCGUUUCGCGUUGAAAAUGUAAUGAAAAUAUUUCCACCGCGAAUAUCCCACUCGUAGAAAAAUCGCCUAGGUUUCGCCAUCUAUCUAUAACUAUUUUACCCCAAUCGAUAUAUAAAAUAUGGUUCCCGAAUUUAUAUAUAGCUCGUUUAUAUUUAAAAUAUGCGCUUCUAUUAUGUAUCGGCGUGAAUAUGACUAGAACUUAUUUAUAAUUUAUCAGAAAUGGUUUAAAAAAGAAAUUAACGUUAAAAGAACGAGCGACACCAUUCGCGUUGAACGAUAUCGCCAAAUGACCAUACGUCAAUCUUUCUACGCGUACCUAAUAUCUUGUUAAAAGUAUUAAUAAAGAAAUUUAUUUAUUUAUCACUUCCUGGCGUCUACGUAACAGU